UUUUUGCUAACCUUGGACAAUCUGUCGCCUCAUGAUCACCUACGCAGAUUUCACAACGUGACACCUUGACUGAGCUAUUUGGGUCUCGUCUAAUUGCAUGAAAGCGUGAUCUCCUAUCAGCUUGGCCUUCAAAAUUCCUUUUACCGAACCUUGAGUUACACUGUACUAAUCUACCAUAACGGGUUCGGGCAAUUCUGGCCCUCUCUUCUACAAAGACCACAAAUUCUUCAAAGCUGGGCUCCUUCCCAUGCAUCAUGAUUUUAUCGGCGACUUCCACCCACUUAUUCUGCAAUUCUAGAGGUAGGCAAGAAACUAUUACCUCCAAAUUAGCCGUAGAAUUAACGUCAGACAUAUAUCCCAUUUGGUUCAACGUUAUACAUACAUUACGCAACUUAAUCGCAAAGUCAGUUAAUACGUCAGCCGAUCCUCCGACAGGUUUAUGGUUUAAUAACUCAAUAAUUAGUUCUCGUGCAACAAGAUGUUCUUUACCAAAUAAAUCAUACAAAAUUCGUUUAGCCCUAUCAUAGCCCAAAUCACUGGGCAAAGAAACGCAAGAUUCAAUUGCUGUUCUGGCUUUUCCCUUGCAAUAAUAUAACAAAUACGACAACAAUUGGCCCUUAUCUGACAGUUUACUCUCUAUGAUGCUAUUAAACUGACUAAUGAAACGGUAAUACUGACCCGGCUGCCCAUCAAAGUACAUCAUAUCGAUCUUAGGUAAAGCCAUGUUACUAACCAUUGUAUGUAACGUGUCCUUCAGCUCCACAACCCAAUCGACAUUUGAGAUGUUACAUACCUCCCCUGAGUGAUUAUUACACCCAGUAUCACAAUCCAAAUAAUUUUCCACUUUAGCAUUUAUCCCACAUUUAUCUACGGGUAAUCGUUCAUCGUCCUCGAUGGCCUUGCAUUCUAGUUCAGCGAUAUCAACCUCUUCUUGUAGAUCUAACAUCUUAAGUUGCCGUUCUAAUUCAAGUCUCUUCUCUAAAUUCCUUUUCCUCAGUAAUGCUUUAUCUAACUUUAGUCUAGAAGUACUUAGCUGGCUAGAGGACAUACUAUUAAGACUAACAUCAUCACAUUUAUCAUCAAUAACAUCAGACAUACCACAAACAGCAUUGGAAGUUUUACCAUCCAUUUCGUCAUUUUCCUUCAGCCUUUUGCUCCGUGUUUCCAUCGUAUUUGUUGUUCCAAAUAAUCAAUUACCAAAACAAAUCCGAAUUAAUCCAAACGAAAUCGACCAAUAAGACCAGGAAUUUGGACCCAAAAUAUCCAGAAAAUCCAAGGUAUGAACACGGAACCAAUAAUUGAAGAACUUUAUGUUACGUCCAAGUUUUGCUCGUUCCAGUUAUUGAAGUACGGACUAUCGAUCUACUCGCAAAUUACGAACCCAAAUUAACAACAGAACCAAGUCCCAAUUCAGAUACCAAGUUUAUUCGUAAUUCACAAGUAAUCGACCAAAUGUCGUUCUAAUAACAAUAAUUAUAACAAUUACAAAACAAACCUUCAAUUUUGUAGGUUCCCGGAGCAAAACUCCCAAAAACCAAACCAAAGACAAAAAGAGCACUAAAAUACCAAACCAAAGACAAACCAAAAUGUCCGAAAUAAUGAUAUAAACAAACAAGUUCAAAAGUUAAGUAAAACAAUUACAUCCAAAAGCACAGUAAAUUAUUAAUGUACAAUAAAAGGUUUUAAUCCGUCAAAAGUCUUCAGUUCUCCC